UGUCGGGGUCCCUGCGGUGACGUCACCUCCCGGGCGGCGUUGCUGGGAGACGGAGGCGCCGGGGCCCUGACGUCAAGGCCCGAUGGCCGCCCGCCCGCCCGGCAGCAUGGAGGCGGCAGGGCCGGGGGCAGGCCGCGGCCAGCGCUGAGAUGGACCUCAAGGGCCAGUACUGGACGGACGAUGACUCCGACGGGGACAAUGAGUCCGAGGAGUUCCUCUACGGGGUGCAGGGGACCUGCGCCGCCGACCUGUACCGCCACCCGCAGCUGGACGCCGACAUCGAGGCCGUGAAGGAGAUCUACAGCGAGAAUGCCGUGUCCGUCAGGGAGUAUGGGACCAUCGACGACGUGGACAUCGACCUCCACGUGAACAUCAGCUUCCUCGAUGAGGAGGUGGCGACAGCGUGGAAGGUGCUUCGGACGGAGCCCAUCGUCCUGCGCCUGCGCUUCUCCCUCUCCCAGUACCUCGAUGGCCCCGAACCGUCCAUCGAGGUCUUCCAGCCGUCCAACAAGGAGGGCUUCGGGCUGGGUCUGCAGCUGAAGAAGAUCCUGGGCAUGUUCACAUCCCAGCAAUGGAAACACCUCAGCAACGACUUCCUGAAGACCCAGCAGGAGAAGCGGCACAGUUGGUUCAAGACGAGUGGCACCAUCAAGAAGUUUCGAGCGGGCCUCAGCAUCUUCUCCCCCAUCCCCAAGUCGCCCAGCUUCCCCGUCAUCCCAGACUCGGUGCUGAAGGGCAAGCUGGGUGCGCCCGAGGUGCGCGUCAACCGCCUGAUGAACCGCUCCGUGUCCUGCACGGUGAAGAACCCCAAGGGGGAGGUUUUCGGCUAUGCCCCCAGCACCCAGGCAGGUGUCGCCCCCUUCAACAUCCUGGUUGGUGGCCACUGCAAGAAUGUCCCCACGCUGGAGUACGGCUUCCUCGUCCAGAUCAUGAAGUACGCGGAGCAGCGCAUCCCGACGCUCAACGAGUACUGCGUGGUGUGCGACGAGCAGCACGUCUUCCAGAACGGCUCCAUGCUCAAGCCGGCCGUGUGCACCCGGGAGCUGUGCGUCUUCUCCUUCUACACCCUGGGCGUGAUGUCUGGUGCGGCGGAGGAGGUGGCCACAGGUGCUGAGGUGGUGGACCUGCUGGUGGCCAUGUGCCGCGCUGCGCUGGAGUCUCCUCGCAAAAGCAUCAUCUUCGAGCCUUAUCCCUCUGUGGUGGACCCCAACGACCCCAAAACACUCGCCUUCAACCCCAAGAAGAAGAACUACGAGCGGCUGCAGAAGGCCCUGGACAGCGUGAUGUCCAUCCGGGAGAUGACCCAGGGCUCCUAUCUGGAGAUCAAGAAGCAGAUGGACAAGCUGGACCCCCUGGCACAUCCCCUCCUGCAAUGGAUCAUCUCCAGCAACAGGUCCCACAUCGUCAAGCUGCCUCUCAGCAGGCAGCUGAAGUUCAUGCACACCUCACACCAGUUCCUCCUGCUGAGCAGCCCCCCGGCCAAGGAAGCCCGUUUCCGCACCGCCAAGAAGCUCUACGGCAGCACCUUCGCUUUCCACGGCUCUCACAUUGAGAACUGGCACUCCAUCCUCCGCAACGGGCUGGUCAACGCGUCCUACACCAAACUGCAGCUGCAUGGAGCAGCCUAUGGCAAGGGCAUCUAUCUGAGCCCCAUCUCCAGUAUUUCCUUUGGAUACUCAGGGAUGGGGAAAGGGCAGCACCGGAUGCCUUCAAAGGAUGAGCUGGUGCAGAGGUACAACCGGAUGAACACCAUCCCCCAGACCCGCUCCAUCCAGUCCCGCUUCCUCCAGAGCCGCAACCUGAACUGCAUCGCGCUUUGUGAAGUCAUCACCUCCAAGGACCUGCAGAAGCACGGCAACAUCUGGGUCUGCCCCGUCUCGGACCACGUCUGCACCCGCUUCUUCUUUGUGUACGAAGACGGCCAAGUGGGAGACGCCAAUAUCAAUACUCAGGACCCCAAAAUCCAGAAGGAGAUCAUGCGUGUGAUUGGGACUCAGGUGUACACAAACUGAGCGGCAGGGACCCGCCGCGGCGCUCCCAGGCGCUGAGCGAGGGCCCUUGGCUGAGGACGGGCGAGUGGAUUUCGCGCUGGCCGGGCGACGCGCGCGGCUCCGGGCAGGGCAGAAGCGGGGGCACCGGCGGCACCUCCCUGUACAUAGACAUGAAGUGGCGAGCGCGUGGCGGGCGGGUUGAGCGGUCCCCUUGUCCCCACAUCGUCCCUGAGCCAGCGUGGGGCACGGCGUGUGCCCAGUGGUGGCCGUCCCUCCUCGUGUUUACAACGACGGCAGUUUUUACCGAAGUCGAGAAACUGAAGCAAAAAAGAAAAAACAAAAAAAAAAACAUGCAAAAAACGAAAAACAGACAAAAAAAAAAAGAGAAAAGAAAUCUGUCGUGGCGUAGUAAAAUUCUUUGAACACCCUGGUGGGCAGGGGCUGUGGGGAAGGGACGGGGAUGUAGCUUCGCGCCGCGGUUAACCGUGGUCCUGGGGUUAACCUGAAAUAAAUAAAAAACCCAAACUGCCCUUCCCCGCUGCACGGCGGCUGAGACCAUGCCAUCGUUUUUUGCUUAGGUUUGUGGGCUUUUUUUUCCCUUAAAAAUAAAAUGAAUAAAGCCAC